AUGUCGUUUUCCAAUUUAUUUUACAAGGAAUUGUUACCAGAAUCAUCUUACAGAAUCCAUCUUACAGAAUCAAUCUUACAGAAUCAUCUUACAGAAUCCAUCUUACAGAAUCCAUCAUACAGAAUCAUCUUACAGAAUCAUCUUACAGAAUCCAUCAUACAGAAUCAUCAUACGGAAUCAUCUUACAGAAUCCAUCAUACUGUUUCAUCUUACAGAAUCCAUCAUACAGAAUCCAUCUUACAGAAUCCAUCUUACAGAAUCAGCUUACAGAAUCACCUGACAGAAUCCAUCUUACAGAAUCAAUCUUACAGAAUCAUCUUACAGAAUCAUCUUACAGAAUCAAUCUUACGGAAUCCAUGUUACGGACUACAUCUUAUGGACUCCAUUUUACAGAAUCAAUCUUACAAAAUCAAUCUUACAGAAUUAUUUUACAGAAUCCAUCAUACAGAAUCAUCUAACAGAAUUCAUCAUACAGAAUCAAACUCACAAAAUCAAUCUUACAUAAUAAUCUUACAGAAUCCACCAUACAGCAUCUAUCUUACAGAAUCAAUCUUACAGAAUAAUUUUACAGAAUCAUCUUACAGAAUCAAUCUUACAGAAUCAUCUUACAGAAUCCAUCUUACAGAAUCAAUCUUACAGAAUCAUCUUACAGAAUCCAUAUUACAGAAUCAUCUUACAGAAUCCAUAUUACAGAAUCCAUAUUACAGAAUCCAUCAUACAGAAUCUAUCUUACAGAAUCAAUCUUACUGA